UCACUGCGCUGGUCCAGAGCCUCCUCUAUAACAGGCUGGAGCACAGCCUCAGGCAGCAGAAUAAGAGAGACACUUGCCCUGCUCAGAUCACCUGGAGGACACACACUCACACACACCUCAUCACGUAGCCCCUGGAUUCCUGUUGCCUCAGUUCUGGUUGAUUCAUUGACUUUAAAUGAGUUUGGUGAAAAUAAGAAGAAAGAAGACAGCAAGUUUUUGUUUUGUUUUAGAAAAGUGACACAUGUUGGGAGAGUUAGUUUGGUGAUUUUUUUUUUCUCCUCAACAAAAAAGAAGACAUCUGGGGUUACUUCUUGAUUGGGGUUUGGUUUUAUUUCAUAGCAUCCUGGACACUUUGAACUUUAUCAGUCUUUUGGGUACUGAGAGGACAUAAGCAAGAGGCCAGUCUGAGAGAAAGACAUCGCUGUUGGGAGAAUUUCAAGGAUGUUGUGUUCAAGGAGGAUUCUCCAGCAGUGGUGCUUGGCUGUGUUUUUAUUGUGUUCUCCUGUGCCACAUUACGGCAGGCCCAUCGACGCCCUCAGCAACAGAAUGAAGCGGUCAGUGACGCAUGCCCAGCUAAUGCACGACAAGGGUCAAACACUGCAUGACUUCAAGCGGCGCAUGUGGCUGCACGAGUUGCUGCUGGAUGUUCAUACAGCUGAGCUCCGUGACGUGCAGCAGCGUGGUGGAAGUGGUGCCAUCAGUGUUGGUGUUCCCAUAGGGGUGGGCAUGGGCAUCAGUAUGAGCCCAGGCACAGCUAACCCUAAGCAUACUGGCGGCACCAAGAACCUGCCAAUCAGCUUUGGCGCGGAAGAUGAGGAAGGCACUAACCUACCCCAAGAGACCAACAAGUCACAGAUCUACAAAGAUGGAGCGCCCAAGGCCGGGAUGAAGAAGAAGAAGAAAGGAAAAACUGGAAAGCGGAGGGAUGGAGAGAAAAGGAAACGACGAACCCGGUCACUCGACAGGCCAGAGGUUAUCGAUCCAGACACUGGCUUCCACUUGGAGCAGCAAAUACACACCACCCAGCAGGCAGCAGUGCACUAGAACACUGUCAGAUUCUGACAACGAUUCCUAAGGACAUUAUACAUUCUACAUGGAGACCAAAAUGCUCAUGUUGCAGUAUUCACUGUCACAGUGAUAGUUUGAAGAGAUGAUAGCAAAAAUCUUUAUAUUUAUUGUAUGUAAAUAUUUUUUAUUAAUGAUAAACACAUAAUAAUGAUAAUGAUAAAACAUUAUCCCAUUGCUCUGUGGGGCUAUAGAUUUUCAUCUUUGUGAAUACU